AGUCAUCCGACCCUUGCAUUAAAAAGUGUGAAAAGUGGCUGAAGUGUCGAUGGGCUGAAACGUGUUGAUACCAAUUUUAGGACGAACAACAUAUCGAGGCAAUGCUGGCUAAGUUUUCAGCAUGUUUAUGUUAAGUCAUACUAAAAACCGUAAGGUUGACUGUCUACCAUUAUGAGAGAGACUUUGAUAAAGGCGGGUAAGGUAUGCCUGGGGGUGGUGAUGACCACUAUCCCAGGGAUGUACGCCUUCCGAGAGGCAGUGGGUUACGUGGCCCGGGUCGAUGGAAUCUCUAUGCAGGAAACUUUGAACCCAAGUGACUCCAAAAGUCAUGACUACGUUUUCUUGAGCAAGUCCAACAGUCUUCUGAAGAAAGGAAAUCUCCGACAUGGAGAUAUUGUGUCCAUCAAGUCUCCCAGACAUCCUGCUACGUACAUCAUAAAGAGGGUGGUAGGACUGGAAGGAGACAUCGUUCAGAUUCCAGAAAACACAAAAAUAAACCCACAGUGGGAUAAUCCCAAAGGAGUGUUGAACUAUGCCAAGAAGACAAUACAAGUUCCUAAGGGCCAUUGCUGGGUGGAGGGCGAUAAUGCUCGACUCAGUCAAGACAGCAGGUUUUACGGACCUAUUUCGCUAGGACUUAUAACUGCCAAGGCAACACAUGUAGUAUACCCCCGCUGGAAGCGGUUAGAGUCAGUCGAUGUGUCGGAUGGACGAGUGAUUAAGGAGCAAGAACGACUGAAUAUCUGAACACUCGCCACAUUCGGGUGAAUUGUGAUUUGUAGCAAUGACAAUGUUUUAUAUGUCACUGAUGUGUUGCUUUCUGUUAACUCUCUGAGUGAUAUACAGGUUUUUAUGACAGAAAGUGAUUGUUUUGUAAUUCUUGGUAUAUAUUGCAAAUAAAAUCUGAACAUUUU